ACGGACUUUGCAAUGAUUGCGCGGUUUUCAAUCCUUCUCCAAGGCGCGCGUUUUGUAAAUUAAUAACGUGUCCUUAUGGAGAACCCUGUUUUUGAUGAUCCUGGCAAUGAAGCCAAAUAUUGGCGACAAAAGGCUGAAGAGUACCGUAGCGGUAUGGAAGAAGCACGAGAAGAGCUGGAGGACUUCCAAAUCAGCUCACGAGAACUGGAACUAGAGCUUGAAACUCAAUUGGAACAAUUAGAAAAGCGUAAUUCAGAGCUAGUUGUAUUGUGCGAAAAGCUAACUGUUGAAAAAGAUACCUACCGUCAUAAGGUGGAAAAUAGUCAAGAAUAUGUUAAUCACGAAAUAACUAGACUGCAAGAUGAAUUAGAGAAGUCGAAGUUAGAACGAGAGAAAAUGCACAGAUAUAUCCGGGAGCUGGAACAGUUAAAUGACGAUUUAGAACGUUCUAAAAGAGCGGCAGUUGUAACAUUAGAAGAUUUUGAAUCCCGCCUAAAUCAGGCUAUUGAGAGAAAUGCAUUUUUGGAGAAUGAGUUAGAUGAAAAGGAGGAUUUAAUGGUAACUGUCCAGCGACUUAAAGAUGAAACUAGAGACCUCCACCAAGAAUUGGCCAUAACUCGCCGUCAACCUGAACUGGGUACUUCACCAGAAGUAUGUAAUGGAGGCAAUACCAUUCCUACCAAAUGUUUGAAUAAAAUCGAUACUAAAGAUUCUAUGGUACAGACAGAAAACAGUUGCUUUUUUAAUUCAAUACUUACUCCAUCUGUCAGAUUAUCUGCUUUAAAUAUGGUGAAUAAUGCUUUACAAAGAAUAGGACAGUUAGAAAUGAAAUUGUCUAUAUUAUAUAAGACAUACGGUCAUCCUCCACUUUCUGCACCAGUAUAUAAUGGUAAUAGCGACAGUAAUAACUGUAAUAUACACUCUCCAUCAUCUGAUUUCGAAUUGAAAAGAUAUAAUUUAAAGUCACCACAAAGAUUAUCUAAUCCAAGUUGGACAAAUGGUCCUAUUAAAUUAGAUCCUCUUCCAACUGCUGAAAAAUCAUCUCGGGAAAAUUCUAUACAUUUUGUUCAUUGAAAUUAAUGUAAAUUGAAAAAGAAGUCAAUUCAUUUCAUCUUUCUAUACAUCUUACCCCUGUUCUAUGACUAAAUAUUAUUUAUGUAAAGACUGUGUUUCUUGUUGUAUUUGUGAAUAAUCUUUAUUUUGGAUUAAGAAAAACGGUGCAUUUCAUCAAUUUUUCACUUUUAACCCAGAAUUUCUUAUUAUUAUUAUUGUGAAGUUUGUGAGGUGUUCUCCUAGAAAGACACAAAUUUGUUUUAAUACUCUUGAAAACUCUAAUUACCAUACUCAUAAGAUUCUACUUAUUCUGAUAAAUCUUAUACCGAAUAACCUUUCUAUUUCUGCAUGAACCAAGGUGCUCGCGGUUACCGUUCAGCUUUCAUUUUGUUCCAGCUUUUCCUCUUUGUGUUCUGUCUUUCUCCUUUUCUACUGUUCUGUAAAAUUAUCUUAUGUAAUGCAUUAUACUGAAGUUUAUGGUAUUUACUAUCUCUGUCUAUCUUUUCAUGUAUCUUUUUGUCCUAUUCAUUACUUUUUUUUUCAAAACAUUAUAACAUUAUUUUCCACUUAGUACAUGUAUAUGUAUGUAUAAUGCCAUUUAUUGAAUAGUACGAUUAAUGCCAAUUAAGUCACUUGUUAACAAAUAAGAAGAUAGAUAUGAUUUUCAUAUAAAUUACUUUCAUUCUCAUCUGUAUUUAUCACAUCAUAUAAUUAUAUUCAUUAGUUUUAUUGCACUCACACAUAUUAUCACUGAUGAAGAGAUGUAGGGGUAAUAUAUUCAUCAUUUUAUUUUUAUCAUUCGUUUUAUUCCUUGUAUAGUUUGUCUUUUUUUUCUAAAGUUUGCUCCUUUUUCUGGUCAUAUCUACUUCAUGUUCGCCCUCCCUUUUAGUUUUUAUCAUCCACUUUGUAUUUUUUGUAACUAUCAAAUUGGAAUUGAUUUUACUUCCAAAACAUAUUAACAUUAUUAUUAUUACCAUUCGUUUCUUCAUUUAAAAUAUAUUUCUUACUAUUUUUCUUUCUUUUUUGUCUACAAUUGUACAAUCUAUCAUUGAUAAAAUGUUAAAUUGUUUUUUUUUAAAAGAUUUAUAUUUAUGGUGAUCUAAUUGUACCUACUCGAAAAAUGGUCCAACAUGACAGUCAUUUCGAAUAAAAAAAGACUCAGUAAUUCAUAAGUAAAAUGUACAUUAAUAGAUAUUAUGAUAACGAACCAAAUAGUUUAUAAUACAAUGCUUUUUAUCACUGUUGUUAUUAUUGUUAUUGGGAUACUAUAGUAGAGUAGUAGAUUUUCUGUUUUCUUUCUUUCUUUCUUUAGUCUAUUAUAUAUACUAUCAUGUUAAUAGAUUAGUAACCACGCCUAGUUCAAGGGGAAAGAGGGUUGGUCAUGUUUUAGUUCAUCACAGUUAUUCUCGUCGUGUACUAUAUACGUGGAACCACUUCGUGUAUUUUUGUAUUAUUAUGCUUAAGGUGUCACUGAUGUCGUUAAUUUUCUUUUUUGAAAAUAAGAACUUUUAAAUUUCAGAAUAUUCAAGCAUUACCAAUGCAAGAUUAUGGAGAUGGAACUCACUAACUGGAUAUGUAUCUUUAAUUUUUGUCGUAAUCAAGUAAACUAAUUCAGUUUAAGCAGUUUCUCUUGGAAGUGUUUAUCACUUUAGAAUGAAUAGUUGCGUUACACGGUUUAGUAUAUAUCUUUACAUGAUUGUCAAAUUACAUUUUAAUCAGUAGUUAUAAAAGAAACUUAAAACAAUGUAUAUAUAGUCUUAUUAUUAGUCUACUGACUAAAUUUGUUAAUUUUAACUUAUUUAAGAGGUUCGCAAUUUAGAGUUAAUUGUCAUACGUUAUUCCAUUCGAAAGGUAAUUUUGCUUCUUCCCACCAUCGAAUAUCAAGUAAAUUACAAUUAAAUUUUGUUCGUUUAGACAUCCACUCCUGAUGAUCCUAAACAAAAUAUUUAUCUAAUAUCAAGUUAUAAUUACUUUAAGCAUAAUAUUGUAUGCAUUGAUGUACAAUAUACAUAUAAUAUCAAAGAAUUUCUCAUUCGAUCAUUUUGUUGCAUGCUGUUCGGUUAUUUGCAACGGGUCAGUGAUAAAAAUUCGUAUAUGAUGGAUUGAGUGAUUGAGGAUACAGCAUAUGUUCAGACAAACAUACCUCAGCUAGUGAAAAAAAGAAGUUAUAAUCUCAAUGAGAAUCAGAUCAUUCAAGUUAAAUAUUGAUAAUCUUUGAGUCUCUGUAUUACCAAUAGUCUCUAUUCAGAAAAUGUUUUUGAAUUGGUCCUGAAUUAAUAUGAUAAGGGAUAUUGCAAGUAUACACUUGAUUUGCAACGUGUUAAACUUUCUAACUUACAUUUAUGUAUAUUAAAGUGUGGUUGGUGAAUAUAAAAUAUUUUGUAGAAAUACCUGGUUGAUUGUCAUUAAUUGAUUAGUGUGUUGCUUAAUUUGUUUUACAUGUUGAAUCGCAACGUAUUUGUAGAUUAUGACUGGUAUUCUAUUUUUAGCUAUGCAAAGUGACCUUAGUGUCGCUCAAAAGUCGUCCAUAAAUUAUAAUCUCAUCACUUGGUGUGAGUAAUAACCGAUUGACAAUCUUUGAAUAAUAAUUGUUAUACCUAUACUCUGGAAAAUUAAUUGAAGCUGUGAAAUGUCUUUCAACUUGUACAAAAUCGGAAGAAUUAGUAGAUUCAUAGAACAUCAUCUAAGCCAUAAUAUCAAUGUGAAUUCCAAUCUAUGGAAGUAUAUUCAAACCGCGCAAAGCGAUCGCUUUCCAAACGUAUCUCUGAAUACUAUCCAGCUUGGCUCCUAAAAGGUGAAUGUAAAAAGAUAACCAGUUCGAUACAAGAGCAUUU